UCAGCGUAACAGAUGAGGUGGCCCCAAACACCAGGCGAGGCUCCUGAUGCUGACCUGAUGGUGAGCCCCUUCUCCCUGGGGCUCCGUGGCUGCUGGGCUCUGCCUCAAACAGAACCCAACGACUUGACUCUGAAAAUUUACAGAGCUGAAUCAUACGCUGGUCUCCAAGAGUUUAAGGCAGCUAUAGAAGAUUUAAAUGCAGUUCUCUUUCAACUGCCAGAUUGGCCUGAGGUCUACUUCAGGAAAGGAAAAGUCCUCCAUGAUGCUGGUUUUUUAGGUGAUGCCUUACAACUGUUUCUUCAGUGCUUAGCGCUGGAUGAAGAUUUUGCACCCGCACGGCUAGAAGUAGAAAAGAUUUUAUGUGAUUUAUUAUCACCUGAAAACUUAAAAGAAGGUCUGAAGGACUCUUCCUGGAGUUCAUUACCAUGUAUUAAAAACAAACCUUUUGGUUUUCCUUCAUUAAUGGAAGAGUCUCACUCUGCCAGUGAGCUUAGCCCAGAGCAGAGUGAAAACAUAGCAGCAGUCACUUCGGAGCUUGUCAAAGGAAGCUUAAACCGGGCUCGGUCAACACAGGCUAUAAAUUCAACAGAAAUGCCUGCCAGAGAGGACUGUUUAAAAAGAGUGUCCUCAGAACCUUUACUAUCUCUUCAGGAGAAAGGUGUUCUGCUGAAAAGAAAGUUGUCUCUGUUAGACCAGGAUGUGAUUGUAAAUGAAGAUGGAAGAAAUAAGCUGAAAAGACAGGGAGAAACUCCCAAUGAAGUCUCUACGUUUUCAUUAACUUACGGUGACAUCCCAGAAGAAUUAAUAGAUGUCUCAGAUUUUGAGUGUUCCCUCUGCAUGAGGUUGUUUUUUGAGCCAGUAACAACCCCCUGCGGACAUUCAUUCUGUAAGAAUUGUCUUGAGCGUUGUUUAGAUCACACACCGUAUUGUCCCCUUUGCAAAGAAAGCUUAAAAGAGUAUCUAGCAGAUAGGAGGUACUCUGUCACACAGCUGUUGGAAGAUUUGAUAGUGAAGUAUCUGCCUGAUGAACUGUCUGAGAGAAAAAAAAUAUAUGAUGAAGAAACUGCUGAACUCUCACACUUGACCAAGAAUGUUCCAAUAUUUGUUUGCACUAUGGCCUACCCCACUGUGCCUUGCCCUCUUCAUGUAUUUGAGCCAAGAUACAGAUUGAUGAUUCGAAGAAGUAUACAGACUGGAACUAAACAAUUUGGGAUGUGUGUCAGUGAUACACAAAAUAGUUUUGCAGAUUAUGGCUGUAUGUUACAAAUUAGAAAUGUACAUUUUUUGCCUGAUGGAAGGUCUGUGGUUGAUACCGUCGGAGGAAAGCGGUUUAGGGUUUUAAAAAGAGGAAUGAAAGAUGGAUAUUGCACUGCAGACAUUGAAUAUCUGGAAGAUGUGAAGGUUGAGGAUGAAGAUGAGCUAGAGAAUCUCCGACAGCUUCAUGAUUUGGUCUACUCUCAAGCCUGCGGCUGGUUUCAGAAUCUGAGAGACAGAUUUCGAAGCCAAAUUCUUCAGCACUUUGGAUCGAUGCCUGGAAGGGAGGAAAACCUACAGGCAAUCCCUAACGGACCCGCCUGGUGUUGGUGGCUUCUUGCUGUCCUACCUGUCGACCCCCGAUACCAGCUGUCAGUUUUGUCAAUGAGGUCUUUGAAAGAACGCUUGACAAAGAUACAGCAUAUACUGACCUAUUUUUCUAGAGACCAGUCUAAGUAACUGCUCGGAGCUUCCCCUGAAGUUACCCUAAUCUGGCUGUGCUGACAGCCAGAUUGUCUGCUGCCUUCGCACACCCAGUGCUGGUUUGAGAAAUGUAAGGAAACUUUUUUUUUUCCCCUUCAACCUCCUGAAUCGUGUGGUUCUGCAAACGAAUACCUUCAACUAGGAUUUAGACCACUAAGAACUUGCACAGAAAAACACACACUGAAUGUGUGUCAAACCUCUACAUUGUGAUGAAGUUGCACUAUGUACCAUACUCUAAAUGAAAUGAGAACUGUGUGUGUAUGUGGGUGAGUGUUGAGUGUAUGUGUGGGUUGAAUGGGUGCAUUUUCUCUGGCUUUAAAAUUUUAAAAGAAAAAAAAAAAGCCAUAGAGAGCAGGACUUGCCGAGGGUCAUUUAUUGCCCACGUUUACAACAGUAGCGAUACAAGUUUUUGCAAACUGAAUUUGCCUCAGAUUUCUCUGUCCUAAUGCUUAUAUUUGCACAAGUAUGUAAACUAUGGUAUUGAGUAUCACUCUUUGUUGGAAAUACCGCUUUUGCUGAACUGUCUUGACCAUUGACUAUGACACAGUUUCUUAUUUAUGUAAAUACUUGCAUCCCAAUAGCCUACAGGCAUCGGAUGCAGAACCUAGAGCCAGUUUUCAGGAACAAUUGCAAACCUGACUUGGUACUGUGCAUCUAUUCAUAAAACACUUAAAACUGUGAAAAUAUGGUUUACACUUAACUGUACAUAAAGGUAAAUAGAGAACUCCGUUCAGUACCAGUUAGUUUGUACAUUUUAGGGGGGCUUUUCACAUUAACUGCCCAUCUAUGUAAUUUAUAGUUUGAUGUGAUGUAUUGAUUUAAAAAAAAUUAAAUAGUAUAAACUCAUUAAGGAUCUGAGGGAAGAGAAGAAGCUUAAUGUAGGACUAAGCUUUUAAAGUAUGUUUCGUUUUGUUUUGAAAUGCUGGUCUUGGUGCAAACGUUAGUUCUGCCUUAUUCAUAUCACAGUUAGAGCACCACGUGGCGACAUGGUCUGUACUCAUGCUGCCCUGGAUACUUUUGUAUUAUUUGUUGCAAACUUGUGACUGUCCCUCUUAAUUUUCUUUUAUGUAAGUAAUUUGUAAAAGUUUCUUAAAUUUUUCGCUUUGGCUUAUUUAAUUUUGAAUAAAAGCUAAAUUCAUAAUA